CGCGCACGCACCCGCGCUCCGCACCGCCCGCGUCUGUGCCGUGUUCGCGCUAUGCCGCCUUCCCGACAACAUACUUCAGUGCUCGGUUCCAACCAUUGUUAUUGUUUUCCAAGUGUAGGACAUAGCCCGGAAAUGAGCCAGUGAGUCGAAUUUCUUGCGAGUAGUGACGAUUUAACUUGACAAUUUUUCAAUUUCACGGGCAAUUAGUUAAACUUCAUAAACAAUAAGCUGAUACGAAUUUACGAUGGUGUCUGAGGGGCCCCUGCCCGUAGUCUGGUGUAUACGCGAUAACCAACUAGUGCCUCACCAAGUAUCCGGUGUUAAGUUACAAGGAGCAGUGACUGGCGCGCACAUAGCUGCAGUGACGGACUUUUUGCGCAUGGUUGCUGGUACUCCGAUCGUUUUGCCGCACACGGCGGUUUCGGAAGAUAUCGAUAAUGAUAUUAAUCAAGAAAAAGAAAACUCGACUCGACGACGAAAAAUGUCUAUGCAAGUUGAAGUGCCGUGCGUAUUUCUGUCUGAAAGCGCUUUGCAGAAAGCCAAAAAUCGAAGCAACUCCUUAGACGACAAGGUAUUAUUUGAUCAUUGUAAUCCUUCUACAGCCAAAAGAUUUUUAGAAUUAGAUAAUAAAUCGCAUUCAUUAGAAAUCAGAGAAUCUGAUAAUGGAAUUGAAAAAGAAAUGAAAUGCACUCAAAGAAUUACUCGAAUAAUAGAUUUAGACGAUAUUAAUCCAAAAGUAGUAGAUACAGAAUUUGAAAAAGAACCUCUUCAAAGGAUAACUAGAAUUAUAGAAUUCGAAAAUGAGAAAAUGGAAAAAUCACCCUCACCAGUGUCCACAGAUUGUGAUAAUGACACGCCUCUUCAACGAAUAACGAGAAUAAUAGAUCUAAAUGACAACACAUUCUGUUCCGCAGAAAGUAUUACUGAAUCUGACAAAGAAUGCUCGCAAAAGUUAUCUAGAAUAAUUGAAUUAGAAAAAGAGAGUUCUUUCCCAAGUAUGGCUAAAAUAAUAGAAAUGGAAAAUGAAAUAUCCAAUGAAAGAAGAAUAUCUCUAACCAAUGAACGCGAAACCGGAGGCGGAAUUAUCGAGAAUUGCUCCGAAGAAGUCAUUGUUAGAUCUAAAUUAGCCCAUAGAAGUACACCUAGGAUUAGUAUCGAUUCUUCGUGCUCCGAAAACUCUUAUGUCAAUAUCGAAAAUAUUAAGAGUUUGCAGGAUGUAAGGAAAGAAGACAGCGUAGAUAGUGGCGUGAGUCCUGAAUCAUCGCCGGCUUGCAGGUCUUUUCGACCCCGGUUUCCCAGGAAAAAGACUUCAGUAUGUUCGAUUGGCUCCUCGGACUGUGAUGAUGAGAUAGAUGUUAUAUUUAAAUCUAAACCAAAAUCUAGUCAGUGGUUGAGUCUCGAUUGGAUACCGCCACCGCCCAAAGAAGAGCCAGUGAUUACUCAAGUCUGUGAUAAAAACGAUUUUAUAUCGAAGUGGAUAGCUGAACAAAAUUCCCAGGAUUCGGGAAUUGUUCCUGAUGAAAGAAGGAAAAGUCUUCCACCUAAAUCGAACGAAAUAUAUCUUCAAAAUAUGAGAAGGUUUAGCGACAGCUUGCAAAUAUGUAAGGAAGAUGCCGCUAGCGAUUCGCCAGCCACAGUCAAAUGGAAAUGGCAUGAUAUCGUCAAGCGACAUUUACAGUUGUUGAAAAACGACAAAGGAUUUAGGCGCCAAAGAGGAAGCUGGAUGAGAACAGCUAGACGCCUAUCGGGAACCAACAUAAACAACAGGAGUAUGGAGCCCUUACCGCUCGACACCUACAUGAAACUCAACACGAUGCCAUGGUACUUCCGCAAAAUAAAACGAAUCGAAGCAGAGAAGAAGCUGCUUCUGCCAGAAAACGAACACGGCGCUUUCCUCAUACGAGACUCGGAGAGCCGCCACAACGACUUCUCGCUAUCAGUUAGAGAUGGCGACACCGUGAAGCAUUACCGCAUCAGACAACUGGACGAAGGCGGGUUCUUCAUCGCGCGGCGCACCACAUUCCGCACGCUGCAAGAGCUGGUGGAGCACUACAGCAAGGACGCCGACGGGCUCUGCGUCUCGCUCAGCAAGCCCUGCGUGCAGGUCGAAAAACCAGUCACCGAGGGUCUGUCGCACCGAACUCGCGACCAAUGGGAGAUCGACCGUUCCUCGCUGAAGUUCGUGAGGAAACUGGGCCAUGGUCAGUUCGGAGAGGUGUGGGAGGGGUCGUGGAACAACACCACGCCUGUGGCCAUCAAGACCCUCAAGUCUGGGACCAUGGACCCGAAGGACUUCCUCGCUGAAGCGCAGAUCAUGAAGAAACUCCGACACAACAAGCUAAUUCAGCUGUACGCUGUCUGCACCUUGGAGGAGCCAAUCUACAUCAUCACUGAACUCAUGAAGAACGGAUCUUUGCUGGACUACUUGCAAGGCAAAGGCCGUGGCCUCAAGCUGCAGCAGCUGAUCGACAUGGCGGCUCAAAUCGCUGCCGGCAUGGCGUACCUGGAGUCUCAGAACUACAUCCACCGCGACUUGGCAGCCCGGAACGUUCUGGUGGCCGACGCCAACAUUGUGAAGAUCGCAGACUUUGGUCUGGCCAGGCUUAUCAAGGAGGACGAGUACGAGGCGCGAGUGGGCGCUCGUUUCCCCAUCAAGUGGACGGCGCCCGAGGCGGCCAACUACAGCAAGUUCUCCAUCAAGUCCGACGUGUGGUCCUUCGGCAUCCUGCUCACUGAGCUCGUCACCUACGGCAGGAUACCCUACCCAGGCAUGACCAACGCCGAAGUCCUGCACCAAGUGGAGCACGGCUACCGCAUGCCGUGCCCGCCCUCCUGUCCCGCGGCGCUCUACGAGAUCAUGCUAGAAUGCUGGCACAAGGACCCGCUCAAGCGGCCCACGUUCGAGACGCUGCAGUGGAAGCUGGAGGACUUCUUCACCAUGGACAACUCCGAGUACAAGGAGGCCUCCGCCUACUGAGCCCGGCCCUCCCUGCCGCCCCACCGCCACGCACACUCGCAUCA